GAAAGUCAGUUACUAGAAUUAUCUACCAAUAUUUAUUGAACGAGGCUGAAAUUUUAAUUUUGUGCACUUAGAAAAACGCGUAAACAAAUAGUAGUCACUCGAUUUCUAAACUUUGAAAUAUGAAAGAAAAAAAAAUGCAUAAAAAUUAUUAUGUUCGUAAAAUUCUAGCAUACGAAAGUCUAAAAAUAAAAUAUUGAAGAAAAAGGAAAAUAUGGGUAAGAAUAAGAGUGAGAUUUUAUAUUUAUUUCCAUUUAGGGAGGCACAUCGAUGAUGAUGAUGAUGAGGCGGCACACACCUUAGUUUUCACUACUUCUCCAAAGCUCGAAAAUGGCUGUGCCGAGUCUGUACGGAUCUCGCUGAGUCAACUCGCCGGUAGCUGUGUCUAUUCAGGUGAUCGGAGGUGAAAUUUCCGGCAACAAUAUGAUGAACAUCAAAGGAUUGAGCGCGGUGGAGAGUGAGUAUACACUGAAGCAUCACAGGCACCAGAUUAAGGAUAAUCAAUGCAGUUCGUUCCUCAUCAAGCAUAUUAAAGCGCCCGUACAUCUUGUUUGGUCUCUGGUCAGGAGGUUUGAUCAACCACAGAAGUACAAACCUUUUGUUAGCCGUUGCAUUGUGCAGGGAAAUCUUGAAAUUGGCAGUCUGAGGGAAGUUGAUGUCAAGUCGGGUCUCCCUGCUACAACCAGCACCGAGAGAUUGGAGCUUCUUGAUGAUAAUGAACACAUACUUAGCGUAAGGAUCGUUGGUGGAGACCACAGACUCAGAAACUACUCUUCCAUGGUGUCUGUUCAUCCUGAGGUCAUUGACGGGAGACCUGGGACAGUGGUGAUUGAAUCGUUUGUGGUGGAUGUGCCAGAAGGGAACACAAAAGACGAAACAUGCUACUUUGUCGAAGCACUGAUCAGGUGUAAUCUGAAAUCACUGGCUGAUGUUUCGGAGAGGCUGGCUGUGCAAGACAGGACUGAACCCAUCAACCGUGCGUAAAACCGUAUGCUGACACGUUGCUUAGAUGCUAUUUUCACCAAGGAUGGAGCUUUUCUCAAGGCUUUGGAGGCAGAAUAGCCAUUUCUUCUGAGUUCGACCUACUUUACUACUGCCUUCUACAUUUUGUCUUGUACUCGUGUUGUUUGUUAUUUGUAACUUGUUCUCGAAGUCAUUUUUGGGGUCGUGCGUCUUCUUGCUCAUGAACAACAGUUUAUAAACAGAUGGAAUGUUGGAACCGAGCCCAAAAAUGAGGGUUCUGCACUAGCGGAAACCUGUGCUCCUUUACUGAUGUAAAUGUGGAGAUGAUACAGAUGAUGUAAUGGCUGUAUUUUUCAUGUUAUAUUGCAGCUAUUGAAGCUUGGGAGGUGAAUCCAUCACAAAGCUCACGCCGAAGAUGUAUAUUGCUUGUGUGAGUUAUGGUCUCGUUAGGUUGGAAUGUUGACAACAAAACUCGAUAGAUUUUGGAAAAUGACAAUUUAGUGAUUUACUAAACCCACGAAUUAUAUGGAUGUAUGCAGUUGUAUAAAAAUAUAUGGAAUCCUCUAUUCCACUUUUGGUGUUUUCA